AUGGCAUCUACCCCAAACGACUCCUUGGACAAGCCUAAAAGCCCUUCCGAUAUGAACAGCAGCACUGAAGUAAAUAGUGACCAUGCUGUUUCUUCAGAGACGCCAGACGAUACAUCCAGUCCGCCGAUGAGUAAAGGAAAACUUACUCUCAUCCUAGUAGCACUAUGUCUCUCGGUCUUUCUCGCUGCUAUUGACGCGGUAAUCAUUACUCCAGCUCUACCAACAAUUGUCAAAGACUUAGGGGCGUCGGACUCAGGUUACUCAUGGAUCGGAUCUUCUUACCUCCUCGCUCUUGCUGCUUCCUCGCCAUUUUGGAGUAAAGUAAGCGAUAUAUUUGGACGAAAGCCCAUUCUACUCAUCGCCAACUUCAUCUUCCUCAUCGGAAGUUUAGUUGCUGCACUUUCUUACAGUCUGCCGAUGCUUAUCGCUGGACGAGCGGUGCAGGGACUUGGUGGAGGUGGGAUCAUCACACUUGUUGAGAUUUCAGUGGGAGAUAUGUUCAGUCAAAGAGAACGAGGCCUCUUCUAUGGUAUAUAUGGAGCGGUUUGGGCAUUUGCAACAGCUGUCGGACCUAUCAUCGGUGGUGCAUUUACCGAGUACGUCUCUUGGAGGUGGUGCUUCUAUUUCAACUUACCAUUCGACGGAUUAUCUCUCAUCAUCACAUUCCUGUUCCUCCACAUCCACAACCCAAAGACUCCCCUCAUCGCUGGUCUCAAGGCCAUCGACUGGAUCGGAUCGUUGCUCAUCGUUGGUGCAACCCUUAUGUUCCUCCUUGGUCUGGAUUUUGGCGGUGUCACUUACCCGUGGAAAUCUGUAACAGUCAUCUGCCUUAUCCUCUUCGGCCUUGUUACAUACGCGAUUUUCGGAAUUUACGAGCGCUUCGCUAAAUACCCUAUCAUCCCUCGCCGUAUAUUCGGAAAUGUAUCACUCGUAUCUACAUUCGGCGUCGUCUUCUGUCACGGCGCUUGCUUCAUCGCCCCAGUCUUCUUCUUGCCUCUCUACUUUCAAAGCGUCCUUGGCGCUUCGCCAAUCCUUUCCGGUGUCUGGUUACUACCUCUGGCUAUCUCGUUCACUGCAAGUGGCAUAAUUAUGGGGAUCGUCAUCCAAAGGACUGGAAAAUAUCUUUGGAUUAUCAGAGGAACAAUGGCAUUAUUGACACUUGCAAUUGGCAUUAUGAUUCUGUUUGGUGCCGACCGUAACUGGGGCAAAAUUGUCGUUUUCCAAAUCCUUCUCGCCUGGGGCAUUGGUGCUAAUAUGCAAACUCUUGUCAUCUGUGUGCAAGCUCUGGUGGCUCCCGAAGACAUCGGCGUCGCUACUGGGACUUUGAACUUUAUUCGUAACCUCGCUACGGCAAACAGCGUGGUUUUCGGCCAAGUAGUCUUCCAGGGUGUUCUACAUAGACACUACGGCGAUCUUGUUAAUGCUGGUAUUCCUCGCGAUAUAGUAUCCCGGCUGCUCAAUGGCGGUGCAAUUGGUGGUUCUGAUCUCUCGAGUACUUUUACUCCACCACAACUUGCAAUCUACCAAGUCGCAGUUGCAGAUGCACUCUCUAAAAUGUGGAUAUUAUAUACUGGUAUCUGCUUCCUUGGUCUUGUCAUCUCGUUUGGCAUUCAGAAGAAGGAAUUGAUGACCUCGCAUGAGACAACCAAGACGGGACUUGAGGCGGAGGAAGCUAAGAGACAGAAGAAUUUAAGUGCCAGGGCCAAAACGGAGGCACAUGCGAUAAACGGGGUGAAAGCGGAAGAUGCUUAA